AUGGUGUUACAGAUCUAUAGUGCGACUGAAUUUCGACGCGUCGUCAUUGAUGGUUCCAGAGAGCAACUGGUUGUUGUGGACUUUUACGCCGACUGGUGUGGCCCCUGCCGAAUGGUGGCUCCGUUCAUAGACUCGCUCGCAACGAAGUUUCACCAGGUUCUCUUUGUGAAAGUGAACGUUGAUGAGGUUCAAGAUGUUGCGCAGCUCUGCCGGGUGCAUGCUAUGCCAACUUUUCAGCUCUUUCUCAACGGGAACAAGGUGGACGAAAUUGUGGGAGCGGAUGUUGCAGCGCUCGAGCGUUCAGUAGCCGCUCAGGCGCAGCCAGUGGCGUUUGCUGGGCCGGGUCAUACGCUGGGCACCAGAGCAACGAGUGAGGACACGAAAGCCGCCACAACGACAAACAGCACGCCGUCGGGUACACCAAUAGCGCGUCCGAAUGCAGUUGCCGACGGCUUGCAGACCACGACGGGAUCCGCUGGUUCCGCUGGAGCCAGGGCGAGCCAGGGCGAGGGACAGCUUCCUGUAUCAGCAAGCGAGACGAUGCCGACCUUUGUAUCCGAAAAAAUACUUGAGGAGCUUCAAGCAAUGGGAUUUCCCCGCACUCGCGCUUUGAACGCUUGCAUUGCAACUGACAAUGAAUCCUUGGAGAAGGCGAUGGAGUGGAUUUUCGCGCACGACGAGGAUCCAAAUAUCGAUAAGCUGGACCCAGCGCUGGAUGUCCGAGUCACUGGCGCCGAAGAUCUCCUUUCUAAAUCCAAAGAGGAGAAGCAGCUUAUGUUGAAACGGCUCCAAGAGGAAGCGCGGAAACGGCGAGAGGCCGAAGAGAAGAAACUCGCUAUUGAACAGGAAAAGAAUCGGAUUCGAAGUGGGAAGGAGAUAGCGGAGGCCAAGCGCAAAGCGGAAGAAGAGCGUCGUAAGCGGGACAUUCGAGAACGUCUCCGUGAACAACGAGAGCAGCAAAUGGAACGAGAGCGGCUCCGGAGGCUGCUUGAAGACGAUCGUCAGCGUCGACUCGAGCUCCAGCGGGGUCCGACUCCGGUACGCCUCGUGGAACAGCCACCCGAUCCGAACACAAACCAACCAAAGGCGGUAGAAAAAUCAGAAUUGGAAACCAGACCCACACGUCUGCAAUUGCGGUUGCCCGACGGUACGAAUGUUGAAGCGGACUUCACCAAUGAAACACGCCUUCGUGAUGUGGCAAAUUACGUACUCAACAAUUACCCGAGCUUGGGAGAGCGGAUCUCGCUGAUGCGUACCUAUCCUAGGCGGAAAUUUCUGGAGCACGAGUUGGAUCAGAUGACAUUGCAAGAUGCCGAGCUAUACCCGCGCGGAGCGCUGUUCGUUCUUCGUCCGUAG